AUGUCAUACCCGGACCCAUACUACGCCCCAGAACACAGACAAUUCAGUAAUAAUUACUCCACCCAACAGCAACAACUGCCGCAGCAGCAGCAGCAGCCUUACAGAGACGUAGAUUUCGACCCGUAUAAUAACCAUCCGCAACAUCCUACGUACGACCAGAGUGGGUACAACGAUGACGAUGCAUUUCGGAAUGCGAGUCCGGAUGGUGGGCUUGGUCAGGCGAGAGAGAAGGGGAGGUUUGAUGAUGGGUUCAAUACGUUAAGACCCAAUACGUCGGGCGGUCUUCGUUCAUGGCGUAAAGAGUUCCGUGGCCCGCUCUGGACAGCGGGCGGACGGGGCAAAUGCUUCUUCAGAUUCUUCUGCUGCUCUAUCCUCAUAUUCAUAUUCCUCCUCGUUAGCAUCGUCCUUACACUCGGAAUCUGGAUCCGUCCUCCGGACAUCACGAUUAACCAAGUCGGGCUCAAUUCCACUGGUGGAAGUGCUGCCCAAGUUUCAGCUUCUACGUUCACCCUGAACUUUGCUGUCAACAUCUCUGUUGAGAAUCCGAAUUACUUCUCCGUAGCCUUCAGAGAUAUCAAAGCUGACUUAACGUACCCGACGAACAAUAUGGACCUCGGAGGUGGCGAGAAGGACGAUAUCGUCUUCAAGUCGCACACCGAAACGACGUUCAACUUCCCCUUCGCGCUGCAAUACGACCUCUCAAAAGAUACGAAUCAGACUGUGUUAAAGGACUUGCUUAGCAAGUGUGGGUUCACGGGGACGAAGCAGAACAUCAACGUGAAUUAUAAGAUUACGCUCGGAUUAAGAAUUCUGUUCGUAACCGUCUCACCUGCGAUUACCAACUCGUUCUCGUUCGAGUGUCCUUCAGAUGAAAUUCAGAGUUUCUUACAAGGAGCAGGGAUAAACUUGGGGAGCCUCACAGGUGGAGGGUCUGGCUAAUUCUUGCAUUUAUAUGGAAGGAUGGAGGGUUACCAGUUAUGUUCGUACACUACGUCUUCGACCGACCGUAUCUUCGUUACCCAUUUGCUGUGUCUCGUCUACGAUACUGUAGAGCGAGACCUCACGUAUUGGACUUUGUUUUUAUUUGUAUAGUUCACGAAUUAGUUACAUAAUUGGACUUUUAUACUACAUGCGUACGAAAAAAAUACAUUCGUUCUAC